AUGAGAUUCGACCUUCGCCUCGACGAACACGCUUCAUCGCCCGACGUCGCUACGCCGCCCAUGCCCACACGCCGUCAGCCUCGCACGAAUGCGCAACGCCAGAAAGAGGGAAUGCACAUGGCCCGGCGCAUUCGCUCAGAAGCCUUUGCCUUUCCCGUACCUCCAAGUGGUGGCCUCCAAGGGCUAGGUCUCGGUCUGGGGGUUGCGGAUGCCCCAUCGCGCGCGACGCCAGAAGUCGAAGCCGCUUUCCGACGCGCUGCGACUAAUGGGAGGUUUCCAAGAGGUCACGAGUGGGUGGAGGACGCGACUACCUACAUUAACAGACACAGUCCGGUUUUGUGCGAAGGGACGGAUGAAGGACUGGUGGCAAAUCGCAAGGAUCGAGGGUCGGACACGGAUGAGCUCACAGGAUCGCAAGGCUGGUCGCCGUAUUCCAGUGUCGCUCCAUCGCCCGCCCUUGGAAUGACAGCAAGCACUGCUCCUUUGAUCUUCCACAGGCAGGAGCCGGACAAGCUACGAGCGCCAAUGGCUCGUCGCACUGUAUCUCAACCUGGCACAGCAAAAGAAGAGAAGAUGGCGUACUCCCCAGAGCCCGACGAGUAUCCCUUUCCCGAAAUGCCGGGUGGCCACAAGCGCCUGUCGAUGACCUUCUCGCCUUUGCAACUCCCCAAGUGGGGCAGUGUGGAGCACCACGCACCCUCAUUGGCAGAGCAGAUGGCCUUCGCGUGUGGGUUGGGCAGCGACCUAGAAUGGGACACCCAGACGAGUGCUGCCAACGACCACCAAGAUUCGUUUGCGUACACCUCAGCUUCCGCUUACGUCACCGUCCCAGAGCUGCAAGAAGAGCAGACCGCGGAACUGUACAGGAGCUGGACGUCGCACAUCGACGCUGGAGCCGCGCUUGCUGACGAAGCGACUUUCUGGACUGGCGCCGGUGCCGAUCUAACUCGAAGCAACACGACAGCAAGCACUGCUUACGUGCUUGCCGACAGCCCCAUCCUCCAGGGCAAGCUUGCGCUCUCGCAAAAUUCACCUGGAGGGAGCGUCUCUUCGGAGCGGUCAGAUUCUGCAUUCUCGCAACCUUCCGUUGCGUCUUCCGUGACGUCCAUAUCUUCCGAUCAUUUCCACGAAAGCUCCUUGUCGAAGAGCAUCAGCAUCGAUCAAUUGUUCGAACGGAGUCUGCUGGCUACUCCGCUAAAGGUCACCGACAGUCCUCAAGUUGCCGUCACGCGCGAGGGAUCACCACACCAACUAGCGGAUGAAUUCAGCUAUCUUGCCGACGCCGCGCUUGCAGCUCUUUCACCCGUUCCUUGCCAGGUGUUCAGUCCUGCUUUGACUGACGACGAGCUGGGCCUCAUUGGCACGCCAGCUCCGAUGCAAAGUCUGCCUUCGCCCAUGCCCGCAACUCAACAAAUCGAGCCGGCUCGCUUAGCUCUGGCCUCGACUGUGUCAUGCCCAGCUGUUCCAGCAUCAUACCGUCCAGAGCUUGUGCAAGAAGAUCAGCGCUUGUUGCGCUCCACGAGCGAAAGACCCAGCAGUAUGUUCGAGUCCCAGCCAGCGGCAUCGUCGCGCCCGAUGAGUGUUCUCGAGCGUCCACGGCCAGGCACGCGAGGCUCCAUGCUGUUUGGAGGCGCGUAUCAGGACGUCGAACGGGCGCAGGCUCGUGGCAGCGCUCAAACUCAGAGGAGAGACUCUGGAACUCUGAGUUCGGAGCAGCGUCGACCAAGCGUUCCUGCUCGUCCCUGCCCGCCGGUCCCAAAGCGUAGGAGCUCUUUGGACAUGCGAAAUUUGGUCGGUGAACACAACGAUGCGGCCCAAUGCGGAAUUGCGAGUUGCACACCAGUCCAGUCUGGACCUCGUGCAAUGAGCCGCAAUGGGUCUCAAGCUUUUUGGGAGGAGACGAAACACGCUCUCGGUGAAAAAGUGGCCAGCAAGCCGACGAGCGCUGCCUUGCCCGACUUGGAAGCUAGGAGGCUCUCUGUGAGCAUGGCAGGUAUACCCAUCUCGAUGAUGACCUCUGCUCAGUCGGCACCUCAGAUCGCUCGCGUGCCACCAAGCACGUCACCAGCUACUGGAGCACGGAAAGAGCUGCUCGCACAACUUCAAGCUCAGGCAGCCACCAUGACGCGAUCCAAGUCCGAGCUGCCAAUCUCUUCUGCGCAGCACUCGGUCCGCCGCAAGCCCGCUGGAAUCCUGACCGCGUCAGAGAUGCAAGAAAUUCGCCGAGCGUGCAAGCAAAAGCAAGACUUUUUGCGUGCUGCUGCUACUGCUGGGGUGAAGGGACCCUCCGACAUCCGCCAUUCCGUGCAUUUCGACGAGAGCGUUCGACUCCAGCACCAGUACGCGAGCGGGCAGCGCUCAACGCCAAGAAUUGUGGUCAGUCCCGCCCAAUCUCUGCCAGUCCCUUGCACCAGCAAAUCGACGUUGCGACCAAAGUCUGCCCAAUCCUCUCGUAGCGUGGGAGGUAUGUCCAGCUCGCUGUCGCUGCCGACUCUUUUCGUAGCCCGUACACCCAGCCAACGUAGACGUGGGCACACGGGUGUACCUGCAACUGAACCGGGCUCCCUCGCUUUGGCAAAGCUUGGCAUCAGCUCGGGCGCCCCGACCAGAACCUCGAUGGUCUCCGUCGGUGGCAAUGGACGUGGCUCUUCGAAUUCGGGCAAAUCAGAUGUGAAAACUCCCGAAGGUGUGAUUCUGGUCGUUGAGAAUGUCAUUCAAGAAGAGUCGAGAGUUCUCGUGGUCAUGUAG